CGCGAAACUCGGCGCGCGUAGUGACAGUCGUCGAAGAUCCGCGCCGAAUGCAGUCUCUCGGUAAUUAGCGCAGGGAAGGGUCCGUUCCGAGUCCGUAUCGGUGCGGCAUCGAAGCUCCAUCGACAAGCGCUGAUCGCGGAGGGGUGAGCACCGAGCACCGAGCAUCGAGCAGCCAGGAGUUUCCGUCAUUAAGCGCAGAUCCCGGUUCCCAAUUCCCAGUCGUGAUGACGGCGACGUGCGAAGUCGGCGCGAGCGGAGAUCCAGUCUUCCCCCGGUCCCACGGCACGUGCUCCUGAAAAAUGGUUCCACCCUCGGGCUCCGAUUUCCCGCCGCCAGACCAACCCGAACCCUCGCCCAGAUCCGCGGGUCAUGACUAAACGCUGCCCUCGAUCCCCGAUUUCCGUUUCGAUCGCGAUGAUAGCCAGUGUUAGUGUUCAAACGUUACCUACCUUCAGUAUUCUACCCUCUUGUAUUCAGUACCUGUGAUUUUUUACCUCGUAGAUUUUUAGUGUUGUGGCUCUUGCGACUUUGCCGGUCUCUUCAGUGACGACGGUUAUCGACCACCGAGUGCGAAAUUCAAUAUUCACAAUGAAAGUAGAUUGGAGAGCUAUUGUAGUCACUGUAGGACUGUGGAUAUGUGUUCAAGCUAUCAAAUACGCUCCAGAUCUCGAAGGGCCUUAUUGCGAAACAAGGCCGAAAGGAUGCUGUCCAGGGAGACAAGAUGGCUGCUCAGUACCCAUACUUGGCACUCUCUGCUACUGUGAUGAUUUCUGUAACAGGACGAGCAAUGACGAUUGUUGUCCUGAUUUCUGGUCUCACUGUAAAGGAAUCCCAAGACCGCCGGAGGAGGUUAGAACUUGUUACUUCCAAGGUAGAUACUACCUCCACCGAGAAAAAUUCAAAGUCAACUGCAAGGAAUGUGAAUGUCAAGACGUUGGUGGACGCAUGGAUGUCCUAUGUGAGACGCAAGAAUGUAUCGUAGAAGAGGAGGUCAUAUCACAAAUUAACCAGAAUUCUAGAGAAUUUGGCUGGCGAGCCGGCAAUUACUCCGAGUUUUGGGGCAGACGCCUCGACGAGGGACUGGCUAAACGGCUUGGCAAUCUGCACUCGAAGAAAAAGGUGCUGAAGAUGGAGCCGUUGAAGCUGAUGUACGACGCGGACUCGAUACCGCGGAGCUUCGACUCGCGGAACGAGUGGCCGGGACUCAUCACGGGUCCGAUCGACCAGACCGGCGACUGCGCCGCCUCGUGGGCAGUGUCCACGGCGGCCGUCGCGUCCGACCGCUACGCCAUCAUGACCAAGCGCCCGAUCACCCUGGCGCCCCAACACCUCCUGUCCUGCAACAGCAAGAGCCAGCAAGGCUGCAACGGCGGCCACCUCACCAGGGCAUGGAUCUUCAUCAGAAAAUUCGGGCUGGUUCCCGAGUCGUGCUACAGUUGGGUAGCUGCCCAAACAGAAUGCAGAGUACCCAAAAAGAAGAAGCUCCAAAUGAGCAAGUGUCCGCAGGGCAGACCGUCACCUUUUACGCCAUUGUACAGAGUCGGGCCGGUCUACAAGUUGAAAAAUGAAAAAGAUAUCAUGUUUGAUAUUAUGACAUCAGGGCCGGUGCAAGCUACCAUGAAAAUAUCGAGAGAAUUCUUCCUAUAUAAAACCGGAGUUUACCACUGUUCAAGCGCCCCGAGUAAUAAAAGAACAGGCUAUCAUGCGGUUCGAAUUAUCGGAUGGGGCAGUGAAUUCAGCCCUCUGACUAAUAGAGAAGAACGAUUUUGGAUCGUUUCUAACUCUUGGGGUCCUUCGUGGGGAGAAAGAGGCUACUUCCGGAUCCGACGGGGGUCCAACGAAUGCGAAAUCGAAAGUUUCGUAAUAGCCGCGUGGGGAUCGCCCAGUGACGUCAACAACUUGAUCAACUCGGGAAAAUACAAUAUCGACUCACUCGUGGAUCAAGCUCACAACAUGACCGACGUCAGAAAUGACUUGAUGAGGCGGAAAUAAACCGUCCAAAAAAUGUUGCCUUUUUGUAAAACUUGAAUAUAGUCUCCAUGUAGAUAUGUACCAUACGUCUUGGAAUAAUGUAUAGAUACUAAGUUGCAUCUAGCGAAAAAAAAAAUGUUAACAAAUUCGAAACAUUACACAUUUAAAUAUUAGUUUCUCAUAAGUGAAAAGAUCGUCUUAGUCGGUAAACGUGGAGGUUCCUCGGAAAGAGGGCUGUACAGUGUACCCUGGAGGCAACAUUGAAUUACGCAACUGAGCGAUGAUAAAUUAGUUACCCACUUGAUUGUUUUUACAUAAACGAGUCUCAAAAUUACACAAACGAUGAAAAAACACCAAUGAAUGAGAAAUAUUUUAAAUCGAUGGAACGAUUGAAUGAGACCCACUGAAUAUAAAAAUUCAUUUUGAAAGAGAGAAUAAAAAUUUGAUUUUGUGAGCUUUUGAUGGUUGAAAGGAUGUAAAAAUGUUGCUUUUGGCUAUUCCACCGAUUUCCUGAUUACCGGUCAUGAACCAAAAUUCAUGUGUACGAUCACCAAGUCAGUUACUGCGAAAUAUGUGAAUAUCGUUGAAUUAACGCUACGUAAGCCCUUUUUACGAGAAGCCUCUCAACUUGAUGUGUUGUUCUAAAACUUAUAUCUCAUAAUUUAGGGCGAUAAGGUUGAAAUUCACACUCCACUUGAAAUUAAUGACGAGGGAUAGAGGUCUAAAUUUACUUCCGCUCGUGUUGGCAAAUUUUCCUAUCAUCUCAGUCGGUAGCUUUUCGGAUAACCUUGAUCGACAAAAAACAUUGCAUCAUUGAGCUUCAUCCAUCAAGGUAGAACAUUUUCCGGCAAUAUCCGCACCCAAAAAAAAGGCGUACCCGGAGUCGAAAUUUUCCGUCAAGGCUAUCGCGAUUCGACCAAAACGCUGUAAAUUCGGCGUAGUGUUCGGCGCUUUGGCAGUUUUACUGAAAAUCUCGGCUCCAGUUGGUAAGUGUCCGGGAUGUGGAUGCUGUCGAAAAAUGCUUACCGUGUAAAGAUGAGGUAUUAAUAUCUUUAGGAGCUGUCAUAAAAACCUCGCUGACGAAGUAAUACUAAACUGUAAAAUUUGUAUUUUAGGAAGUGUCGUACUGUAUAUUACUUUUAAAACUUCCUAGCUUAGAAGUUCGUUACCUGUAAUGUGUAUUAUAGAUUAAGGUUACGUUGUACAGAUAUUACACCAGUUCAUUACACUGUUGUACCAGGGGCGUUGAAACCCCAAUAGAGUUAAUUCUAGUUCCAACAAGUCAGAAUUAGUUUUCACAAAUCCUGCACAUCCGAAUCAAUUUGUUUUCAUGCGUUUGUUGGCAACACUAGCUCUCGUUAUGGCCCCAAGUUAGGUAGAGAGAAAUCAAACCAUAUUUUGGAAAUCGAGUCAAGAGUAGUUAUGAGCUCAGUCGGUCGUGGAUUUUCUGUCAAAGAACCAAAGUUGGGAAAAAUUACUGCAUUCAAGAUAAGAGAGGUUCACAGUUUUUUGCUACUUUAUGGGACAAUAGAACUUCAAACCAUUAUUCUUUUUUAACUGAGAAGAAUUAGACUUGGGUUUUUCGAGCUAAGCUAAGGUCGAUUGGAGAAACGAGUAAUUUUGAGCUGCCAGGCAGGAUUGAUUACUUUUGAUUACAUUUUGCAAUAAGGAGCCACUAUUUCUGGCUUAUUUUAGAAACACCAUAUAUGCCAUUGGUUUCCCUAUGCAGAUACGUGCUUUUAUGGAAAAGCCAGAGAUAGUGGUUCCUUAUUGCAAAAUUUAAUCCAUAAUAUCGUUGUUCUCGCAUUUUUCCUCUUGGUUCGUCUUGAUUGUCAGCUUCACGCAGGUUUAUUAAAAGGCUUGUCUCUGAGGAACGGCUCUUUAAUAUUACUGCCAUCAGUCUCUCUCUCUUGCAGUUUUGGUAAUUUUUGAAAUCUUUUAAGUAUUGCCUCCUUGUGAAUAUAUAAUAAUACUGGCAUUUUGUAACGAGAAAGUGAUUGAUUUAAGUAAUAAAUUAUUGUAAAAAAACGAAA